AUGUCUGCUGAAACUCACACACAACAAAAACAAGAAAAACCAAAAUCAUUUGCUAAAAGAGAUGAACUCGCUGCAAUUGAAACUGAAUUAAACAAACAAUGGAAUGAUGCUCAUUUGUAUGAAACUGGACCUAUUGAUCCAAAUCAAAAGAAGUAUAUGGUUACAUUCCCAUUCCCAUAUAUGAAUGGUAGACUUCAUUUAGGACAUACAUUUACAGUUACUAAAGCAGAAUUUGCAGCACGUUAUCAUAAAUUAAAAGGAGAAGCAGUAAUGUUCCCAUUUGGAUUUCAUUGUACUGGUAUGCCUAUUAAAGCAUGUGCUGAUAAACUUAAAACAGAAAUAGAAAAGUAUGGAUGUCCACCAGUAUUUCCAGUUGAACAAGAAUCUAAACCAGUUGAAACACAAAAAGUAAAUGUAGAAACACUUGAUGUACAUAGAUCUGCUAAAGCCAAAACUAAACAAAAAGGAGGUAAACAUCAAUGGGAUAUUCUUAAAUCAAAUGGUAUUCCAGAAUCAGAAAUUCCUAAAUUUGUUGAUCCACUUCAUUGGCUUCAAUACUUCCCACCAUUAGGAGUUGAAGACCUUAAACUUAUGGGUGUUGCAGUUGAUUGGAGAAGAUCAUUUAUUACUACUGAUCAUAAUCCAUACUUUGAUAGUUUUAUUAGAUGGCAAUUCCUUAAAUUAAAAGAAAUGGGUAAAAUUCAAUUUGGUAAAAGAUAUACUAUUUAUUCACCACUUGAUGGACAACCAUGUGCUGACCAUGACCGUGCUAGUGGAGAAGGAGUUAUUCCACAAGAAUAUGUUGCUAUUAAAAUGAAAGUAAUUGAAAGUAAAAGUGAAUUAAUUAAUAAAUUAAUGAAAGAAGGUAAAUCAAUUUUCUUAAUUGCUGGAACAUUGAGGCCAGAAACUAUGUAUGGACAAACAAAUUGUUGGAUUCAUCCAGAUAUUAAUUAUAAAUUAUUUGAAAUGAAAAAUGGAGAAAUUGCAGUUUGUACUCAGAGAUGUGGAAAUAAUUUAGUUUAUCAAGAACUUCUUAAAGAAACACCUGUAGAUUAUAAAGCAGUUUCAAUUGGUAAUGUUAAAGGAAGUGAAUUAUUAGGAACUGCUCUUAAAGCACCACUAACAUCAUAUGAUAAGAUUUACACACUUCCAAUGACUACUAUUUUAGAAGAUAAAGGAACUGGUAUUGUUACUUCUGUUCCAUCUGAUUCUCCAGAUGAUUAUAUGAAUGUUUACACACUUAAAAAUAAACCAGAAUAUAGAAAGAAAAUGGGAGUUGCUGAUGAAUGGGUUAUGCCAUUUGAACUUAUUGAAAUUUGUGAGAUUCCAGAAAUGGGAAGAAGAGCUGCUGAGACUGCUUGUCAUGAACUUAAAAUUAAAUCACCAAAUGAUAGAAAACUUCUUGACCAAGCUAAAGAAAAAGUGUAUACACAAGGAUUUUAUAAUGGUGUCUUAACUGUUGGUAAAUAUAAUGGACAAAAAAUUAAAGACGCUAAAGUCCCAAUUAAAGCAGAAAUGAUUGAAAAUGGAGAAGCUUUUGUAUAUUCAGAACCAACAUCAACAGUAAUAUCUAGAAGUGGAGAUGAAUGUGUUGUAUCAUUAUGUGAUCAAUGGUAUAUUACAUAUGGAGAAGAAGAGUGGAAAAAUGAAACACUCAAGAGAGUAGAAAAAAUGGAGACAUAUCAUAAUUCUACUCGUGAAACUUUAAAACAUGGAUUGAAUUGGAUGAAUCAAUGGGCUUGUAGUAGAAACUUCGGACUUGGAACAUUAAUCCCAUGGGAUAAAAGAUAUCUCAUUGAAUCACUUUCUGAUUCUACCAUUUAUAUGGCUUAUUAUACUAUUGCACAUUACCUUCAAGGUAAUUUAAAUGGAUCAGAACAAGGAAUUGGACAUAUUACACCAGAACAAAUGACACCUGAGGUUUGGGAUUAUUUGUUUGCAGAAAAAGAAAUACCAGAAAAUACAACUAUUCCAAAAGAGACUUUAACUAAAAUGAAACAAGAAUUCGAAUAUUGGUAUCCAUUUGAUGUUAGAGUAACAGGUAAAGAUCUUUUAACAAAUCAUUGUUUGUUCUGUCUUUAUACACACACAGCUAUGUUUGGUGAAGACAAGUUCCCAAAAGGAAUGAGAGCCAAUGGACAUUUAUUGAUUAAUAAUGAAAAGAUGGCUAAAUCUACUGGUAAUUUCUUGUCUCUUACUGAUGGUAUUGAAUUGUAUACUUCAGAUGGAAUGAGAAUUGGUCUUGCUGAUGCUGGAGAUGGUGUAGAAGAUGCUAACUUUGCAAAAGAAACUGCAGAUAAUGGAUUGUUGAGACUUCAUACAUUACUUCAAUGGAUUAAAGAAACACUUCAAUUAAUCAAAGACAACAAGUGUUGUAAUGAUGAGCCAAAUACAUUUGCUGAUAAAACAUUUGAAGCUCAAAUUAAUGUAAGUGUCCAUGCCACUGAUGCUGCAUAUCUUAAAAUGUUAUUCCGUGAAGCUCUUCAUAAAGGAUUUUAUGAAUUAACUCUUGCACGUGAUAGUUAUAUUGCUUAUUGUGAAACUGUUGGAAUUCCAAUGAAUGCUCAUUUACUUAAGAAAUAUAUUGAAAUUCAAAUCAAGUUACUUUAUCCAAUUGCUCCACAUUUUUGUGAUUAUGUUUGGAGAGAUCUUUUAGGUAAUAAAACAUUCUUAUGGAAUGAGAGAUUCCCAGAAGUUCCAGAAGCAAAUGUACAAAUUCUUAAUGAAGCAGAAUAUCUUGCUAAAAUUGUUUAUAAAUUUAGAUCUAGUGUUGAGUCUUAUUGUCAUCCAAAACCAAAGAAAGGACAAAAGGCUAUAGUUAAUGAACCACCAAAAGAAGCUGAAAUUAUGGUUGGUACAAUUACUCCAGAUUGGCAAUUGGAGUGUGCUAAAGUAUUAAAAGAAAUUGUUACUAUAGUUGGUGAUGUCCCAACUUUCCCACCACAAAAAGAACUUGCCUCUCGUUUAUGUCUUAAUGCAUUAAUCAAAAAGAACUCUAAAAAGGCUAUGUCAUUUGCUAUGAUGCUUGUUGAAAAUGUUAAAAAGAGUGGAUUAAAAGCUCUUGACCUUGCUCUUCAAUUCAAUGAAGUAUCAUUCCUUGAAUCACAAAUAACCUACAUCAAAAAUGUCUUAAAACUUGAAAAAGUAAUUGUUACUAGUAUUAAGACACCAGAUGAAAAACUUAUUCCAGGUGAACCAGUUAUGACCAAUUUCAAAUAA